UCUUUCUUGCUGUAGUGUUUUUUCGCGCUGCUUUGGCCUCGGGUACUCAUUUUGAAGAACAAAAAGAACAAACAAGCCUAAAGUGAUGAUAACAUGCGGGGUACGCUGGUGCGUACGAGCAGCGUGGCAGUGAGCGGGUUAAAGCGGACAGUGUGACCGUCCUAUCAGUGCUCCUCGGUGCAGUCCCAGCCCACCGUCCCCUGCCUGCUUGCCUCCAGAGAGCAGAGCACCGGGGCUGCUGUGAGUCUGUGUGGUUGUUUGUCACUCUGGCAGGACACCGUCCCGUGAUACACGGGCCACUCUCCCUGAGACUGGUUUCUGCCUUCUCGGGGUGUAUUGUUUUUACUGCCUUGCUGAUGUUUUAACCAAAACCGGAGGCGUCUUGACUUCAUCAGUUGAUGGUAACGAAGCGCCGCGUGCGGCAGAUCCGACCCGGUCAUAACAAGCGCAAACCACGAGGAGUGACAGCGUCUCUUCCAGGCCAACUGGGAGAGGACCAUGGCCUUGAGCGAGGCAAGUGGGGACCCUCUGGCCCUCAGCAGUGGAGGGCACCAUCCUCUCACUGCCAAUGGAACUGCACCUUCAAACACAAGUACACCGGUCAGAAACAUCCAGGACCCUCUCGCAGUUGUGUCCAGUAGUGACUGCCUCACAGCAGAUGGAGAUGAAGAUGUUCCAGUGAAGGAUGCAGCAUCUGUAGUACAGCACAACCAGCAGAGAUCACAUGUUGUGCAGAGAGAAAAUGGACAGAGCCAAAAUGGUGUGGUGGUCAAACAGAACGGCUCGCUGAGGAACCUUCCCCCACCCUCUGUCCCAUCAUCCCCCAUCACAGACUCCCAGAGGCUGGCCAAAUGCCACGUUCUCUCUACCCUCUCACCCUCCUCUUCCUCUCCCCCUCUCCAGCCCCCACUGUGUUGCCAGCACUGUCAUUUCCAUGCCACCCUGUGCUGCCCCUGUGGAAAACAGGAGUGCCCACUCUUCCAGAAUCCAAGCACAGGGCAAGGAACCAGCUCAGCUCCCAACCCCGGGACCAAUUCAUCUUGCUCGUGCUGCCUCUCUGCUUGCACGUAUUCUCCCCCCCAUCCUCCUCACCCAUCCUCCUCUCUCUGUCUCCAUCACCACCAUCACCAGCAUUGGCAGGAGCACCUCCAGAGCCAUACACAUGCACCUGGAAUCAGCCCUGCAAGGCCCUUUCGGUUCCCCAAAAGCUAUGCCGAGUUGAUAGCUGAUUGGCCAGUGGUGGUGCUGGGCGUGUGCACAGUGCUAAUUGUGGUGUGUGCUCUAGUGGGCAUCCUAGUGCCUGACCUGCCUGACUUCUCUGACCCACUGCUGGGUUUUGAGCCACGGGGAACAGCCAUUGGCCAACGACUGGUCACAUGGAACAACAUGGUGAAGAACACAGGCUACAAAGCCACACUGGCCAACUACCCCUUCAAAUAUGCUGACGAGCAGGCCAAAAAUCACCAAGAGACCAGGUGGCCAGAAGACCACUUUGACCGAGACAAACGGCAAGCAGAGUGGGACUUUAGUAAAGAGUUCUUCUGUGACGUGCCAGGUGAUAGUUACUCUAGACUGGUGUUCACAUCAGCUGAGGGGAAGAGCCUGUGGAGUAUUCAGGCCAUUAAAUCAAUGUGCAAUCUGGACAACACAAGGGUACGUUCCCACCAUGAUUAUUGGAGUCUUUGUCAACGCACUAACGACGCUUCCUGUUGCCCCAGCUGGACACUUGGGAACUACAUUGCUGUCCUUACCAACAGGUCGUCCUGCCAGAAGAUCACAGAGCGUGAUGUAUCACACACACUCAAGACCCUGCGCUUGUGUGCCAAGUACUACCACAACGGCACACUGGGACCCGACUGCUGGGACAUGGCCCUGCGACGGAAAGACCAGCUUAAGUGUGCCACUGUGCCCCGGAAGUGCACUAAGUACAACGCUGUCUACCAAAUCCUUCACUUCCUGGUGGACAAGGACUUCCUCAGUCCCAAGAGCCUGGACAUUCUUCCCCCUAUGCUCAAAUACAGCAUGCUCUUCUCCCCCACAGAGAAAGGAGAGACUAUGAUGAACAUUUACAUGGACAAUUUUGAGAAGUGGAAUUCAUCAGACGGUGUCACCACAAUCACAGGGAUCGAGUUUGGCAUCAAACAUGACCUAUUUCAGGACUACCUCCUCACAGACACAGUGUACCCCGCCAUAGCCAUAGUGAUUGUCCUGCUGGUCAUGUGUGUGUACACGCGCUCAGUUUUCAUCACACUAAUGACAAUAAUAGCCAUCAUCAGCUCACUGAUUGUGUCUUACUUUCUCUAUCGAAUGGUCUUCAACUUUGAGUUCUUCCCCUUCAUGAAUCUCACGGCCCUCAUCAUCCUGGUAGGCAUCGGUGCGGAUGAUGCCUUUGUGCUUUGUGAUGUGUGGAACUACACCAAGUUUGACAAACCUCAUGCUGAGCUAGCAGAAACAGUCAGUGUGACCCUACAACACGCUGCCCUGUCUAUGUUUGUCACCAGCUUCACCACUGCUGCAGCUUUUUAUGCCAACUACGUCAGCAACAUCACCGCCAUACGCUGUUUUGGCAUCUACGCUGGGACUGCCAUUUUGGUCAACUAUAUUCUGAUGGUGACAUGGCUCCCAGCUGUGGUGGUGUUACAUGAACGCUACCUCCCUAACAUGUUCUCGUGCGCCAAACUUCCCCACCAGCCGAGAGGUUUCUGCACCCGGAUGUUCUGGGCAGGUCUUUGUCAGAAGGCCAACAAAUGCCUGUUUACUGUCUCGGAGGCAUCUAGGAUCUUCUUUGAUAAGGUGCUACCCUGCAUUGUCAUCAAGCUGCGCUACCUGUGGCUCUUCUGGUUUCUUGCCAUCACAGUGGGAGGGGCCUACAUUGUUUGCGUCAACCCAAAGAUGAAGCUCCCGUCUCUGGAGCUGGCAGAGUUUCAGGUGUUCCGAUCCUCUCACCCUUUCGAGCGCUAUGAUGCAGAGUACAAGAAACUUUUCAUGUUCGAGAGGGUUCAUCAUGGUGAGGACCUUCACAUGCCUAUAACUAUCAUUUGGGGGGUAACCCCUGUGGAUAAUGGGGACCCCCUGAAUCCUAAAAACAAGGGAAAGCUAAUGCUGGAUAGGAGUUUCAACAUUUCCAGUCCAGCCUCUCAGCUGUGGAUCCUCAACUUCUGCCAGAAGCUGAGGAACCAGAGUUUUGUUUUUCAGUCAGAGGAGCAGGACUUCACCAGCUGCUUCAUUGAAACAUUCAAACAGUGGAUGGAGAACCAGGACUGCGUAGAGGGCUCCGUCUACCCCUGCUGCAGUCAGUCCACCUUCCCUUACAAGCCUGAUGUCUUUGAGCUGUGCAUAAAGAGAGCCAUCAUGGAGUUGGAUCGGAGUACUACCUAUCAUCUGGACAGCAAGACCCCUGGGCCUCGUUUCGAUAUUAAUGACACCAUCAGAGCCAUAGUUUUAGAGUUCCAGAGUACAUAUCUGUUCACACUGGCCUAUGAGAAGAUGUUCCAGUUCUACCGUGAGGUGGAUGCCUGGAUCACAGAUGAGCUGCACUACGCCCCAGCAGGCCUGAGUCAUGGCUGGUUCAUCAGCAACCUGGAAUUCUAUGACCUGCAGGACAGUUUGUCAGAUGGCACUCUGGUUGCCAUGGCACUUUCGGUGGCUGUAGCUUUCAGUGUCAUGCUCCUGACCACCUGGAAUGUCAUCAUCAGCCUGUACGCCAUCUUGUCGAUUGCUGGGACCAUAUUUGUCACAGUCGGCUCCCUGGUGCUUUUGGGCUGGGAGCUGAAUGUAUUGGAGUCUGUUACCAUUUCUGUGGCAGUGGGGCUGUCAGUGGACUUUGCGGUCCACUAUGGUGUGGCCUACCGGCUUGCCCCGGAUUCCGACCGAGAGGGAAAGGUGAUUUUCUCCCUCAGCCGCAUGGGGUCUGCGAUUGCUAUGGCUGCACUGACCACCUUUGUUGCCGGCGCCAUGAUGAUGCCCUCAACUGUAUUAGCCUACACCCAGCUGGGCACGUUCAUGAUGCUGAUCAUGUGUAUCAGCUGGGCCUUUGCUACCUUCUUCUUUCAGUGCAUGUGCUGCUGCCUGGGACCCCAGGGCACCUGUGGCCAGAUACCCCUGCCAAAAAAACUGCAGUGUCAGGCCUUCACUGAGGCCACAUUCACAAACCCCUCAUCUCAAGGGAAAACACAGGGGAAGUACCAGCUGGACAGCAGGGGUGGGGAGGUGGAGCAUUACGAGUUAGAGCCAUUGGCUUCCAUUCAGAAAACUGAAGAUAACCCUCGAGAGGAAGUUUGUACUCAGCUUUACAAUGGAAUCCCCCCUCUCCACCACACUGGCCCUUAUUCACACAUCCAUUAUAAGAGCAAAAGUGAGACUGGAAGAGCUGGCCCUGAGAACGGGCUUGUAGCCACACUGAGCACGCCAUCCAAGUGCCAGUACUCUCAAAACACUAACUGCACAUGUGGGGACCCCCCUCCUCCUCCUUCGCACCUCCCUCAGCAGUGGAACCCCCACUCGUGCACUCAGUCCCCCCAGGACUCCCCCUCCUGUCCUUCCACCCAUCAGCUCUUUCCCCUCUCGAGAAAUACCCAGAGCAAACAAAAUAGUUCCCUUUUACUGUCACACCUGGACCCAGUGUACACACACAUGGAAUGCCAUAUGCACUAUGUCCACUGUCCCCCUGCCCAUUUCCACCACUGUUCCCAGGGAAGAGUAAUGGCCACCAGGCAAGGUCCUAUACACAGCUGCCAUCUCAGGAAGUACUGCGCACAUACGGCAAACCUGCAGGCUGGUUCAGCCAGAGAACAGAGAUCCACAGCCCCAGCCCCAGCUCCAGUCUCUGGCUCAGAGUCUGUGGGACAAGAGAAUGAUCACAGACCCAAAAUGAAUCAUUUAAGUCCUGACAGUAGCCAAAAUAUCAGCGCCCCAACACAACCUGACACUCAGUGCCCUUCAUCACACACAACCUGUCAUGAAAGACAGAAGGUGAGGGACAGAGACCAUUGUUGUGGUGAAAACCAUGUAUCCACCACAACCACACAAACAGCAGCGCAAAUGGAUGCUUGUAAAAUCCCUGGCAACCAGGAGAAGCUUGAUGGUAUUCCUGUCACAUGGGAGGAAAGUGUCAAAAAGUGCCCACUCUCCAAAAGAGAGCGGGCAUCAUCCAGCUCUCCAAAGAAACUCUACUGUUUCAACAGGACGUUGAAAGUGAAGUGCAAUUCAGCUUCAGAGUUUAACAUGCCAAAAAGUGAAACCAGUGUGCCUCCUAUUGCGGUAAACACUAAUCCCUCCUCUGAAAGCUUAUGUUGAUAAUAAAAUAUCUUAACAAAACGCAUCCCAGAGCAAAUAGCAAAUUCCCCCUCCAAAAAAAGGAAUGACACACACAAUGUGUCUGUGCAAUUAAACAAUGUUUGGGAUGUGUUUGCUGCCCAAGUGCCUCCCUGUAUUUCAUAAAACAACACGGAUUCUGUUUAUAUUUUUCUUUUUGUACACGCCGCUUCUUCACCUGCCAGAUUGUUUGAUUUUACAGUGGAACGCACACUAUGGAUAAAGAUAUAUUAUCAUGAGAAAUGAGUGGUUUCUCACAAAAACACCUCCAUGAAAUUUUGCUAAGUGUUAAAUCUACAGCAGCCAUUUGCACCACCUGAAAUCCUACAGUAAAUAUUGUGAUAUUGUAUUUAAUUAUCAAUACAAGUUGUCAGAUAUCAACUUUAACAAAAAUGUGCCAGAUUUUAUAGGCUGAUUUAAAAAGAUCUGCCUGACAGUUUUGUAUUUGUGGGAGCUAGUGUUGAAUUCUGUUUGGUCUUGUGUCCAGGUUGCCACAUGCCUCAGAUAACAGGUGUACUGUACUAUUAAAAUGUCUUUUUUAUCACCAUUGUCCCGUUUUCUCCCACUGUCUGCUCUUUCUAUCUUGUAUAUGCAGUACACAUA